AACCUAGUGCUGAUCGCUCGUGGCGGUGCGGUGGUUCACCGCCCUCGUGGGAACCCGAGGCUCGAGAGUAGCCCCCCUCCCUUUCCUGGGCUUCCCCCUUGCCACUUCCCGGUCGGCCCCGGGGCUUGAGCAGCGAUGGCCGGCUGCAUCCCUGAGGAGAAAACUUACCGGCGCUUCCUGGAGCUAUUCCUGGGCGAGUUUCGCGGACCCUGCGGCGGCGGCGAGCCGGAGCCGGAGCCGGAACCCGAACCCGAACCCGAGUCGGAGCCUGAGCCCGAACUGAUAGCGGCUGAGGCAGCCGAGGCUUCUUCGGUCGAAGAGCCUGGGGAAGAGGAGGCGGCCACGGUAGCCGCGACGGAGGAGGAGGAGCAAGAGCAGGACCGAGACCCCGAGCCCGAGGAGGAGGCUGUGGAGGAGGAGGAGGAGGAGGCGGCGGCGGCGGCGGAGGGCGAGGAGGACGAGGCUGAGGCAGCCCCGGGGCAGUCGGCCGUGCCGCCGCCGCCGCAGCCCCAGCUGCCGCCGCUGCCCCCGCUCCCGCGGCCGCUGUCGGAACGCAUCACCCGGGAGGAGGUGGAGGGCGAGAGCCUGGACCUGUGCCUGCAGCAGCUCUACAAAUACAAUUGCCCUUCCUUUUUGGCUGCUGCUUUAGCCAGAGCCACAUCAGACGAAGUCCUUCAGAGUGAUCUUUCUGCACAUUACAUCCCAAAGGAAACAGAUAGCACAGAAGGGAGUGUGGAGAUUGAGACGGUGAAAUUGGCCCGUUCUGUCUUCAGCAAGCUACACGACAUCUGCUGCAGCUGGGUGAAGGACUUCCCUCUCCGCAGGAGACCCCAGCGUUACUAUGAGACAUCGAUCCACGCGAUCAAAAACAUGCGCCGGAAAAUGGAGGACAAACAUGUCUGCAUUCCUGACUUUAAUAUGCUCUUCAACCUGGAGGACCAGGAAGAACAAGCUUACUUUGCAGUGUUUGAUGGCCACGGAGGAGUGGAUGCUGCCAUUUAUGCCUCUGUCCACCUGCAUGUUAACUUGGUACGCCAGGAGAUGUUCCCCCAUGAUCCUGCUGAGGCCUUGUGCCGGGCCUUCCGGGUCACUGAUGAGCGGUUUGUGCAGAAGGCAGCCAGGGAGAGCUUAAGAUGUGGGACCACAGGAGUGGUGACUUUUAUCAGAGGUAACAUGCUGUAUGUGGCCUGGGUGGGCGAUUCCCAGGUUAUGCUUGUGAGGAAGGGCCAAGCUGUGGAACUGAUGAAGCCACACAAACCAGACAGAGAGGAUGAAAAGCAGCGGAUUGAGGCCCUUGGAGGUUGUGUAGUCUGGUUUGGUGCCUGGAGAGUAAAUGGAAGUCUGUCAGUCUCCAGAGCUAUUGGAGAUGCUGAACAUAAGCCAUACAUCUGUGGGGAUGCAGAUUCCGCCUCUACUGUGUUGGAUGGAACUGAAGACUACCUCAUUCUGGCCUGCGAUGGCUUCUAUGACACCGUGAACCCUGACGAGGCAGUAAAAGUUGUAUCUGACCACCUGAAGGAGAACAAUGGAGACAGCAGCAUGGUUGCCCACAAAUUGGUGGCGUCAGCUCGUGAUGCCGGGUCCAGUGAUAACAUCACUGUCAUUGUGGUAUUCCUGAGGGACAUGAACAAAGCUGUAAAUGUUAGUGAGGAAUCAGAUUGGACAGAGAACUCUUUUCAAGGAGGGCAAGAAGAUGGUGGGGAUGAUAAGGAGAAUCAUGGAGAGUGCAAGCGGCCUUGGCCUCAGCACCAGUGCUCAGCACCAGCCGACCUAGGCUAUGAGGGGCGCGUGGAUUCAUUCACUGAUAGAACUAGCCUGAGCCCAGGGUCCCAAAUCGACGUGCUGGAAGCCCCAGGCUACCUAGAUCUCACACAAAUAGAAGCAAGCAAACCUCACAGUGCUCAGUUUUUGCCACCAGUUGAGAUGUUUGGUCCUAGUGCAAUAAUGGAGAAAAAAUCAGUUCAAUCAUCAUUGCCUGAACGGAGUGGUCUUGGAGUGUUUCCUUCUUCCUUUAAUGUGCGUUCAACAGGGCAGCAGAUAUACAGAAUGGAGAGUCUCUCUCCCGUCUGUUCUAGGUUGGAAAAUGAACAGUUCAAAUUCCCAGGAAAGAGAGUUUCUAGAUUAUCUCAUUUACGCUAUCACUACUCAAAGAGGCGGCAUGGAUUCAGGUUUAAUCUAAAGUUUAAUUCAUUCCUCGCUGCUCAAGAGCCUUCCUACAAAGUAGGCACUAGCCUGUCCUCACUCAUUCGAAGUGGAAAGAGAAAUAGGAUGUUAAGAAGUUCUCUGCCAUGGAGGCAAAACAGUUGGAAAGAGUACAAUGAAAACAUGAGGAAGCUCAGAAAGAGUAAUGAUAUUACACACCUAGGUCUUCCCGGGAGCUGUAAAAUAUAAUACGUUCUUUAGAGUAGGUUAGCUAGCUCUCCCCCGGUAGAAACACCACUGUCAGAGUAGAAACAAGGUAGGCAUUUCUGAAAUACGUGUUCACUAUGAAACCAUGGAUGGCUCUAUUCUUAAAUGUAAAUAGAUACCUAGAAAACUCGAGUAUUUUCAAUUUAAAUAAAAGUAUUGGUGGUUUCACUAGCGAAAUUACACGCCCCAUGAUAUAUCUCCACAUCUACAUACAAGCCCGCCCCCCGCCUCUCACACCACUAGUGGAAGCUUGUGAAUUUCUUAUUUUUGUCAGGAUGUAGUGUUGAAAUCUCAACGCAGUUGAAAUCUGGUCUGAUGUGCCUAAUAUUAUCUUUGCAAAACUUAAUGCAGACUUAAGAUUUAGUUGGGGAAAUGUUCCUCAAAAGACUCGAGGGGGAACCCUUUACCUCCCCCUUUUUUGGUAAGCAAAGACUAAAAGCCAUAUGGGUUUUAACUGGUAACAAUGAAAGUAAAACCUAGUAUAAAAAUGUCAUAUUCUCAGGCUUGUGAGGCGGCAUAUAGUAAAAGAUUUACUGAUUUUUUUUUCCUGUAACAUAAAAGACAGUAUUUUUUUGAAUUAAGUAUUUCCUAGGGCUGUAGCUAUUUGGGAGUUUCAUAAUCUGUUAUGGUGCUUUCAGUGGAAUUUUUAUUAUUUGUCAUUUUAGAAGACCUUUGUCAACUGGUUUUAACCUAUGAUGCUAACAUGUUUUUCACUGUACCUUCAUCUCAGGAAUAAAACUGGUUUAAUGGAGAUGAUGUCAGGUACAAAUACACUAGAAUCAGAUUGCCAUUUAAAAAGAAAAUUGAACAGCAUUCCUAUUUUUUCUGCCUUUAAUAAAAAGUCCCAGACAGCAGAGGCAUAGGAGAGGGAACCCCAAAACCAAGAAUUAAAAGUUGUGUACUUAUUCUUAUAUGUUUUAAAAUUAUAUUUUAUUGAUUAUGCUAUUACUAUUGUCCCAAUUUUCCCCCUUUGCCCUACUCCACCCAGCAGCUCCCAACUUUGUUCAUGUCCACGGGUCACAUGUAGAAGCUCCUUGGCUCCUCCAUUUCUAUACUGUACUUUAUGCAUCCCCAUGGCUGUUCUGUGGCCAACAGUUUGUACUUCUUAAAACCCUCACCUCUUUACCCAGUCCUCCAAACCCUCCUCCCAUCUGGCAACCAUCAA